GAUUUAGAUAUGGGUAUUAUGUGAUGGAGGCAGACGAAUUAGAGAUGGUUAUUUUGAACAAGGCCAUAUCUGAGAAUGACUUGUGCGGCGCAAAAGCAGUCAUUGAUCGCCACCCUAAGGUAUUGGACGUAGAUUUUGGAGCUUCAAGAGGCGAAACACCUCUUCAUAUAGCUGCAAAGUUCGGGCAUGUGGCCAUAGUACACGAGUUGAUGAAAUUGGUUGGACCAGAAUAUCUUGAAAUAUGGGAUUAUUAUGGCUAUACUCCACUUGCAACAACUGCCACACAUACGGGAUCCAUCCCAAUUGCAACAUGCAUGAUAGACAAAAAUAGCGGGGCACUUACAAUUCCAGCUCAAUGGCCUUGGCUGAUUCCUGUUACCUUGGCUUUUUUUGGUGGCCACAACGAAUUGGGACGUUAUCUCUAUUCUGUCACUCCUUUGCAAGUCUUCAAACCAGAAAACGGCUCUUUUGUGGGUCCUGAGUUUCUCCGAACCUGUUUGAGAAAUGGAGAAUUUGAUAUUGCCUUGCAUUUGCUCCAACGAUGCACAGAGCUGCUUUUUGCUGUUGACGAGGAUGGGAACUCAACAAUUGCGAAUAUUGCACUCUCUCUUCCUCAUUCUCUUCAUAAAAGUCAACUUCCGUUCUUGAAGCGAUGGGCCUAUCACUAUAUUAAAAUACCAUCAACCCCAACCACUGGGCAUUUCUGCGUGGAUAUUCAGCAAGAAGGCGAGGACAAAAGUGCUGGUCAAGGCAUAGGUCUACGCCGUUGGGUCGUCUCCAGCAUAUAUAAUUUGUCAGGAAUGAAGGAAAUAUAUAAGAUGAAGCUGCAGCGUACACAAGCAGAUGAAAUUCUAAACCUAGUGUGUCAGAAUCUGAUGCUUCUGAAUGUACAAAAGAGGAAUAUGAUUAGAAUAGCACUGAAUUGUGCAGCUCAGCAGGACAAUGCUGAGUUUGUUUUGCGAGUAACAAAGGCAAACCCGGAGUUAAUCUCACUAGUUACUUCUGUUUACCUAAACUAUCCCAUUUUUGUCAUUACUGUUGUUGAAUAUCGUAAAGCUGCGGUUUUCAGCCUCUUCCUUUGUUUUCAAUUUAAGAUUAUGGCAGCAGCAACAGCAGCAAAAAUGAUAGCAGCAAAAGAGACAGGAAAUAACUUGCUACAUUUGGCAGCCUUGUUAGCUCCUGCUUCCUACCUUAACUGCAUCUCCGGUGCAGCAUUGCAGAUGCAAAGAGAACUGCAAUGGUUCAAGGCUGUUGAGAGCGUGGUGGAUCCUGGAUACAGGCUAGAUCAAAACAAGAAAGGGCUGAUUCCUCUAGAAUAUUUCAAGAAAAACCACAAAAAGCUGAGGGCUGAAGGAGAAAAAUGGAUGAAAGAAACAGCAUCUUCUUGCUCAGUUGUUGGGACUCUAAUUGUUACCAUCAUGUUUGCCGCAGCUUUAACAGUUCCUGGGGGAAACAAUCAGGAUUCAGGGUACCCGAUAUUUAUGAAGGAGAAGUUAUUUAAAGUUUUCUUGAUCUCAGAUGCACUUUCUUUGUUUUCAUCCGCUACUUCUGUACUCACAUUUUUAGGAAUCCUCACCUCACGCUAUGCAGAAGAAGAUUUCCUUUACUUGCUACCUACAAAAUUGAUAAUAGGUCUUUCUACAUUGUUUUUGUCUAUUGCAACUAUGAUGAUUUCCUUUUCAGCAACAAUAAUGAUAAUGUUGCAAUAUAACUUAUCACGUUUAUGGUUUACUCUUCCUGUUACUUUGCUCGCUGGUGUUCCUGUAACCCUCUUUGUAUUAUUACAAUUUCCUCUUCUUGUUAAAGUGUUUUCUUCUACUUAUGGCCCAAGCAUCUUCAAGAAGAAGGUGGAAGAGUGGCCAUGAACCGUGCAUGUAAAAGUGGCCAUGAAUUGUGCAUGUAAUUAAUUCACAUCUUAUCA